AUGGCCUCCGAACCGCCCUCCUUCAUCUCCGCCACAACAGUCCUCUCCCUCCUCUCAACCGUCGCAAUCCUCCUCACGGCCUACCUCGCAUCCCUACACUUCCUCCCCAAAACCACCACCACUACCAAAAUCCGCCUUCUCUUCAUCUGGCACGCCUUCGAUGCCCUAAUACACUUCAUCCUCGAGGGAAGCUAUCUCUACAAUUGCUUUUUCAGCUAUAAGACGCGCACACUCGGAGGGGGAGGAGGAGGUCUAUGGGGAGAAGACGAAGCCGCGGCGACUUUCGUCUCUCCCUACCUGCCUCCCGAUGUAUAUUUCCUGGGACAUAGCGAUCGGGUGUAUGGGAGUGAAUACGGAACGAAUCCCUUUGCGAAGUUGUGGAUGGAAUAUGCCAAGGCGGAUCGGAGGUGGGGUGGGAGGUGAGUUUACAGAUUCUACCUAGUAUUCUAUGCCAGGGAUUGCUGAGUCUUGACAACACACAUAUAUAGCGAUCUAACAAUCAUCUCCCUCGAACUCCUCACCGUCUUCAUCGCGGGCCCCAUGGCCCUUCAUAUCUGCAACCGUCUCCGCAAACAGCGCGAAGACGCCUGGUUCUGGAUGGUAGUCCUCGCGACGGGAGAAUUGUACGGCGGUUUCAUGACGUUUGCGCCCGAAUGGUUGAGCGGGAAUGCGAAUCUCGACGCGAGCAAUUGGAUGUAUCUCUGGCUGUAUCUCGUGUUCUUCAAUGCUGGGUUGUGGGUGGUUAUACCCGGAUGGAUUCUCUACGAAGCGUAUGGGAGGAUUGUCAGGGCGCUGCAGUUGAGGGAGCUGAGUAGUGAGGGGGAGAAGACGGAAAGGAAGAAGAAAAGGUAG